CAUGUUUGUAAAUUUGGGUUGAAUUACAUCUGAGUCCAAAUUCAGGUAGCGUAAGGUCCAAUUAGUGACUUUAGGUGAUACUAGAGGUCUCAGUUUGUAAAUGUGGUUAAAACUUUUGUGGUGUAAAUCAUGUUCCUCCCAAAUUGGUUAAUGAAAAGUUGAUGUUGAAUUAAAAAAAAAAAAAAAAAAAAAAGUCGUCUAAAGUACCCGAUAUUAAUUUAGUUUGACUUAUAAUCAAGACGUCUGAAAACACCUGACAUUACUUAGUUUGACUAAAUAAUUAAGUCCACUAACAAUGAAACAAAAAUACACUAAUGCGUGCACUAAUAUAAUACAGGUUACCUUUAUAUUUUAUAAUCAUCAUUUAUUAACAAAAUUAAGCAUAGAGUUUGGGCCUUCGAGAAUAGGCCUCUCCCAUCUCUCUCUCUCUCUCUCUCACUCUCACACACACUCACGCACACACUCUGUCACUCUUUUGCUCUCGCAGAUCACACAAAUCUCCUCUGAGAUCUAAAACCUCCAAGUAAAUUCCAUUUCUUGAAUUCACAGUUUCUUCUCCACUAAAACACUAAAAAACUAUUACUUUCUUGGGUUUUAUUGCUUAAAGACGAACCCUUGCCUCAAGAUUUCAAGAUUUGAUUUUGAAGAUAAAUUGCAAAACUCAAAUGGGAACAAUGCACAGAAGUGGUUUAGCUCCUCGAAGAACAAAUGAAAACGCAAAAGCUGUCAUCACAACAAUCCUAGGAAUCGUGUUUGGCACUUUUAUUGGCAUUACAUUGCCCUCACUUUCUUUAAAGAUUAACUUUCCCUCGGCACUUAUAUCAUCCCUUGAUGUAGCCUUAUCAGAUGGGCACUUGUUAUCUACUCACAAAUCCCCUCAAGAUUUUGGCUCAAGAAAAUUUCCUGAGAUAUAUGUUCCAACCAAUCCACGUGGUGCAGAACUGCUACCUCCAGGGAUUGUUGUGGCAAAAACUGAUCUUUACUUGCGUAGAUUAUGGGGAGAACCUAAUGAAGAUUUGAAGAAGAAGCCAAAGUAUCUUGUGACAUUUACAGUUGGGUUUGAUCAGAGGAACCAUAUUAAUACAGUUGUUAAGAAGUUUUCUGAAGAUUUUCAGAUUUUGCUUUUCCAUUAUGAUGGCCGGACAACCGAGUGGGACCAGUUUGAGUGGUCCAAGACCGCUAUUCAUAUCAGUACAAGAAAGCAAACAAAAUGGUGGUACGCAAAGAGAUUUUUGCAUCCUGAUGUUGUUUCUGCUUACGAGUACAUAUUCAUAUGGGAUGAAGACCUUGGUGUGGAGCAUUUCAAUGCAGAUAAGUACAUUGAGUUAGUGAAGAAGCAUGGUUUGGAGAUUUCUCAACCAGGACUAGAGCCCAACAAUGGACUUACAUGGGAAAUGACAAAGAGGAGAGGUGACAGAGAGGUCCACAAAGAUACUAAAGAAAAAGCAGGAUGGUGUAGUGACCCACAUUUACCUCCUUGUGCUGCGUUUGUAGAAAUAAUGGCGCCUGUAUUUUCCAGAGAAGCUUGGCGAUGUGUGUGGCAUAUGAUUCAGAACGAUCUGGUUCAUGGAUGGGGUCUGGACUUUGCUCUUAGAAGAUGCGUUGAACCUGCUCAUGAGAAGAUUGGAGUUGUAGAUUCGCAGUGGAUCAUUCAUAAAGUGAUACCUUCGCUUGGGAGUCAAGGUAAGUCAGAGAAUGGGAAAGCUCCUUGGCAAGGAGUGAGGGAGAGAUGCAAAAAGGAGUGGACUAUGUUUCAGAACCGAUUAGCAGAAGCUGAUAAGGAGUAUCUUGGGAGGAUGGUGGUGAAAGAAUAAGAAAAUAAAUUUGUUUUCUUGUUUAUAGGUUAUUCUAUUAAGAAAAAAACUCUUUUUGUAUAUCAAACAUUAUACCUUAUACUAUAUGUUAUGAUGUUAGGGCGUGUGAAACCCUUUUUAUUUGUACUGUAUGAGAGUUAUAGUUUUGAUAUAGCUUUAAUAUUAUGUUCUAUUUAUUUUCUUGA